CAAAUAAUUCGAGCCAACAUGGCGUCCUAACGUUACAGUUUCAUGACAGUUGUACAUGCUGAUACUGGCUUCUAGAGAAGCAUAGUCAUAGGUUUCCAAACUCGGACAAGAUCCAAAGGAUGGCGCGGGUGGUGUUCCUCCAUCCAGACCUUGGUAUUGGUGGAGCUGAGCGUCUGGUGGUCGAUGCUGCUGUCGCUCUGAAGUCUAAGGGAUGCAGUGUUCAGAUAUGGACGGCCCAUUAUGAUCCAAAUCACUGCUUCUCUGAGACGCUGGAUCCAGAACUGCCUGUGGUAUGUGUGGGUGAUUGGCUACCCACAAAUGUGUUUGGUUACCUGCAUGCCCUGUGUGCCUACCUGAGGAUGAUCUUCGUGGCCCUCUACCUAGUCUUCCUCAGCGGGGAGGAGUACGAUGUCAUCUUCUGUGAUCAAGUGUCAGUGUGUAUCCCGGUGCUGCGACUGUCCCGUCACAGGAAGAAGGUUUUGUUUUAUUGUCACUUCCCAGACCAGCUGCUGACCCAGAGGAAGUCGGCCCUGAAGAAGCUAUAUCGGGCUCCCAUUGACUGGAUGGAGGAACGCACCACUGGCAUGGCUGAUAUGAUUCUGGUAAACAGCAGGUUCACCGCAGGCAUCUUCAGUGAGACCUUUAGUGGUCUAAGAGGAGUUCAGACGGAUGUCCUCUAUCCCUCCCUCAACACAAGUACCUUUGACCAGCAGUCCACUGAAGCACAAGGCCUGGAAGGGCUUCUUCCCGAGGGUACCUCCUGCAUGUUUCUCUCUCUGAACCGAUACGAGAGAAAGAAGAAUCUGGGGCUGGCUCUGGAGGCUCUCGCCACCCUGAGGAGCUGCCUUCCUGCAGGCCAGAGAGCAGGUAUUCACCUAGUGGUGGCGGGGGGCUAUGAUGACAGAGUUACUGAGAAUGUUCAACAUUAUACUGAACUGAAAGAGCUCACAGCGCAGCUCCACCUGGAGGACUGUGUCACUUUCUUGCGCUCCCCCUCUGAUUCAAUGAAGGUGGCUCUGCUGCGGGGCAGCGCAGCCGUGCUCUACACCCCGAGCAGAGAGCAUUUUGGGAUUGUUCCUGUAGAGGCCAUGUACUGCUGUUGCCCUGUUAUCGCAGUAAACUCUGGGGGACCCCUGGAAAGCGUGGCAGACGGGGAGACAGGCUUCCUGUGCGAGCCUCAGGCAGAGGCCUUCUCUAAGGCCAUGGAGAGGCUCGUGAGGGAGCCACAGCUCCGCAGGGACAUGGGACAAGCUGGGAGGAGGAGGGUACAGGAGAAGUUCUCUCUUGAGGCCUUCUCAGACCAGCUGUACGGGUACAUUGUAAAGCUGAGCCAGUGAUGGUAACGCAAAAGACAGGUUAAACAAACGAUCCUAUACUGAACUGUGAAUUGUCUGUGGUCUACUGGGGUCUGCAGUGAGGUGAAGUGAACGUCUGCUAACAGAGGAUGUAUGUGUAGAUGUGCGGGGAGGCGGGAGUAUUAUCAGGACUCAGAGGAAAAUCAAUCAGCAUUCCCCUGGAGGGGUUGCUGAGAGGGAAAAAAAGGGCGGAAUCUCUAUACCAAUUAAGACAAGAAUAACGAGUUUACCUACCAUAUCUCUGGAAAUACCACACCUGCAAGUGUGUAUGUGAGUGUGUGAUAUUGUACAUGUGUAGCAGCGCCAGUACCAAGAGCCAAGCAAAUGAGCAUACCAAAAGGAUUGAGUGUUAGACAGAAAUGUUUUGCACUGUGUAUGUUUUUUUCCCCUUGCUUUGAUACAGUAAUCUUUGUCUUUGUGUGUUUGGGUGAUGAAGAAGAAGAAUGUAGUUACCACCAUGUGCCAUCAGGCAUUGCACAGUCCCAGAUCGAUAAACGGGAUGCUUUCCUCCACUUCCUGUCCGCGCAGAGCUUUGUUCCACCCCUCGCAUUCAGAAAACGCUGGCCUGCUCUGACUCUUGCUGCUGUGUGGAAGUUAUUAGCAGAUGACAGAGAGUGUUUGGCUUUAUUAGAGGUCUAGUUGAUGGGCAGUGUGACUGUGUCUGGGUCAUUAUCAAUGAGGAGAAUAGCAGAAGGUCAUUGUGUCUCCAGCUGGCCUCCUCAGCCCUCCUACUGUAUAGAAAAGCUUCUAUUGACAUUCCUGAAGUCUUAAUAAACAAGAGGACACAUACUUUCAUGACUCUUUAUGGGGUUUGCUUUGUUGGUAAGUUUUUGGUCUUUAAUAGCCUUUGCUUGGAACAGAAAUGUUGUUAAUGUUUUUUCUUUCAUUGAACAGGUUUGAUUGUUCCUUGUUUUGAAAUGAAACAUUCUCAGACAAUGAAUCAGCUAAAGAGUUUUAUUUUUGCUCAUUAACAAAGUCAAUGGGACAGAUUGUGUACGUGGGAGGCGCCGCAGAAGAUCUUAAGUUUCUGUCUCCAUCCGUUGUUGCAUUAUCAUGUGCAGAGUUUGAGAUGUGUCCCCAGGUGUGUCACUCUUUUCCUUAAAGGGAAUCUAUAAAAAGAGUAAAUAAUAAUUAUGAUAUCAAAUCAUAUGAAGAUUGACUAUAGAUCAAAUAUAAAGCCCACCAAACAAUCACUUGGAUAAACCAACCUGGUUGCACACAGCAUGGCCGUAUCGAACAAAUGUGGCGAAAUGCUCACUGUUGAAGUUCAUCAGGUCGUAUUUGAACUCCUGAUGCAGGAAAGUCUCACAGCGAUUGGUCAUCGUCUCCUCUGGAGAUGGAAACAGGUUGUGCUUGUUGUUGUUGACCCUGAUUCGAGUUCCCAGCGGCACUUUGAUCUCUGUAAUGCGCUGAGUGCAGAUCCUGGUCUUCCUCAGAACACGAUCACCUUUUGACUUUGGAACCAUUUGGAGAAGGAAGCUGCGGCAGGCUCUCUGUGUCAUGUUCUCAUCUUACCAUAACCAUGAAACACAGUUAAAGACAUUUCAGUAAAUUAAAUCUGGUUGAUUUUAAAUGUCUCAGUGACACUUUUUAAGUUCUAGAAAUGCAAUGUGAUACAUUUUAAAUGAAGUCCCAUUUCAUUUUCUUACCUCCCACUCCAAAAUGGAUAACACAGCCUUCUCCAACAUAAACACCCCAAAGAGACAUUCCGGACCAUGGAUGUGCAAACUCAAUCAAGUCUCCAAUCUCUGCUGUGGACACGCUCUGAUCAAUCUAGAGGUAAAAAGGCUAAGUUAGAGCAGUGAAUAGAAUCCAAACAUUAUUUUUCCUUGCAAAAAUUAAAUGAAGAAAUGUUUUCACAUGAUGGAAACCAGGGAAAUAAAAAAAACUAUGGAUAUAAAAUCAAAUUACCUUUCACUGUCAUUUGUAAGAGAGCAACCUUAAAAAUAGGGGUCAUUAAAAAUGGAAAGUAUACAUAAAAGCCUUUUUCAGCAGUAUUUGGAGAAAAGAAAAUCUGACUAAUUACACUAACUUAAUUUCACAGUGCUAUCAGAGUGUUCUUCACUGCUGUCACCAAAAUACUUCCACAUCUUAUACCAAACAUAGAGAUGCACAUACCUUGAAAGUAUAUACUACAUCAAGUGAAAUGGAAAUGUAAUAAAUAAAUACAAAUUCUCGCCUGUCUCCAUGUCAUUUGGGAAAAAAGGCUGUUCCAGUUGCCCAUAAGGUCCAUUGUUGCUGUGAGCUCAACAGUUCAGCAGACGGACUGAGGUGUAUUUUCUCAUUAAUGGGAUGCUGUAACCAUGUUGUGUAAUAAAACUCCUUCAAUAGC